AUGUCGAACCCUCAAGAUAAUCCAGGCACUCCUCCACCACCCUCCCCUUCUGGUUCCUCUACACCACAUCCACCCAGAACAACCACUCAACCUCGGAGAAGGCAAGUAAAAAUGCUUGCUCGGAAAACGGUGGCAACUAGUGCUCUUUCAAAGAAAUUGUACAAGAAAUUAAAGUUAAGCCAAGCCCAAGAUUCUGAGAACUCAGACGAUUCGUUCAAAUCUGAUAGUGAGGGGGAAGGAACUGGGUCUUUUGACUCUGAGAAGGCUCAAAACUCCCCUUCUAAGGUAAGUUCUACUUUGGGUGAAAAUUCUGAAAAUAGCUAUCUGUGGGUUGAACAUGCAAAUGUGGAAGAAAGAGGCAAGAAAUCAGGGGGAAGUGGUUCAGGGGAGGCUGCUGAAGGGUUGGUUAAUCUAAGUUCACAUGCAGAUGAACCCGGUUCAUCUAUUGAGACCCUAGAAUACCUUCUAAAGAAAGUAGAUGCCAGUUAUGAUCCAAAGAAAAGGAGAACUCUAACACCAAAAGCCCCCAGUACUGCAAAACCUUCCAAGAAACGAAAGGCUUCCUCCCAAACAACUACUGAAAUUCCCUUGCCAAAGGGAAUAUCCACAAGAAGUAGAGUGAAAUAG